CAAGCCCAUUUAGAGGAACUCAUUAUCCUUUUGUGUCAUUUUACUCCAUCUCUCCACAGCGAACUACAAUCUGGGCAUCUGAAGUCUGUUUUACUUUCUGUUUGUGGAUUUCAAGUACAGGUUAAAGAUUAUUCUUGUUUUUUUAAUACUAACUUAAAACUUCACAGCCACUAACUUUUACCUCUAACCACUCGCUUGCAGUGGGUCCGUUAUCUAAUUUGUCAUACAGCACAAAGAGGAACUACGAGCAGAGUACAGCCUUGUUUAGUUAAUGAUUAUUUUUCUAGGAGCACCUUUGAAAAAGGAUCAGGCCACAGCCAGCUUUCCUCCUGACAAACAGGCACCAUGAAGCUUGGGCAGCGUCUCUCUGUUUGUGUCCUGCUGGUACUUUGUAUGACAUGGAGCGUUAAUGGAGGGAACAUUUUGGUGUGGUACACUGAAGGCAGCCACUGGAUUAACAUGAAGCCUGUGCUGGAGACGCUGAUCGACAGGGGACACCAGGUGACGGUUCUGGUCCCGAGUGCGUCAAUGUUCAUGAACACCAGUGAGCCUUCCCGCUCGCUCACUGAACCCUUCAACGUCUCCGUCUCAAUGGAGGUCAUUGAGGAGUUCAUGGAAGAGUUCCUUCACUUCUCCAUGUAUGAAAUGGAUCAUGUGAGCUACUUGCAGAUUUACAUCAGAUUCGUGGCUCUGAUGAAGGUCAGCCUGCAGAAUUCUUUGACGUUUUUGGACGGUGUGCUGAAAUCAGAAACCAUCAUGAAGAGGCUGAAGGAGGGACAAUAUGACCUUCUCCUGGCUGAUCCCGUCUACCCCGGCAGUGACUUAGCAGCAGAGAUUUUGGGCAUCCCCCUGGUCUUCUCCCUGCGCUUUUCCAUAGCCAAUAACUGGGAGAGACAGUGUGGUCAGCUACCCGCUCCACCUUCCUUUGUCCCCGGCGCUAUGAGCAAACUGACUGACAAGAUGGACUUCUCAGAGAGAGUGUGGAGCUUCCUCUACUACGCAGUGCAGGAUAUCUUGCUGGAUAACAUUUAUUGGAAAGAACUAGAUAAAUAUUACUCCGAAGUCAAAGGCAGCCACUGGAUUAACAUGAAGCCUGUGCUGGAGACGCUGAUCGACAGGGGACACCAGGUGACGGUUCUGGUCCCGAGUGCGUCAAUGUUCAUGAACACCAGUGAGCCUUCCCGCUUUCGCUACGAACCCUUCAACGUCUCCGUCUCAAUGGAGGUCAUUGAGGAGUUCAUGGAAGAGUUCCUUCACUUCUCCAUGUAUGAAAUGGAUCAUGUGAGCUACUUGCAGAUUUACAUCAGAUUCGUGGCUCUGAUGAAGGUCAGCCUGCAGAAUUCUUUGACGUUUUUGGACGGUGUGCUGAAAUCAGAAACCAUCAUGAAGAGGCUGAAGGAGGGACAAUAUGACCUUCUCCUGGCUGAUCCCAUCUACCCCGGCAGUGACUUAGCAGCAGAGAUUUUGGGCAUCCCCCUGGUCUUCUCCCUGCGCUUUUCCAUAGCCAAUAACUGGGAGAGACAGUGUGGUCAGCUACCCGCUCCACCUUCCUUUGUCCCCGGCGCUAUGAGCAAACUGACUGACAAGAUGGACUUCUCAGAGAGAGUGUGGAGCUUCCUCUACUACGCAGUGCAGGAUAUCUUGCUGGAUAACAUUUAUUGGAAAGAACUAGAUAAAUAUUACUCCGAAGUCAAAGGAACACCCACCAGUGCCUGCAAGAUGAUGGGUAGAGCAGACGUCUGGUUGAUGCGAACCUACUGGGAUUUUGAUUUCCCUCGUCCUUUCCUUCCUAACUUCAAAUUUGUUGGUGGGAUCCACUGCAGACCUGCUAAACCUUUACCAGAGGAUAUGGAAGAGUUUGUGCAGAGUUCUGGAGACGCUGGCAUCGUGGUCUUCACAUUGGGAUCAGUCAUCAAGAACAUCACCAAAGAGAAGGGAAACAUGAUAGCAUCAGCCCUCGCUCAGAUCCCACAAAAGGUGCUGUGGAGAUACAGUGGAGAAAAACCAGAGACUCUGGGUGCCAACACCAGACUAUAUAACUGGAUCCCUCAGAAUGACCUGCUGGGUCACCCCAAGACCAGAGCUUUCAUCACGCAUGGUGGCACAAAUGGGAUUUAUGAGGCCAUCUACCACGGUGUUCCCAUGGUGGGCAUCCCCAUGUUCGCUGACCAGCCAGACAACAUGAUCCACAUUAAGGAUAAGGGAGCUGCAAUUAUCGCAGACUUGAACUUCAUGAACACUGAGGAACUUAGAGAUGCAGUCAAUGCUGUCAUCAAUGAGAAAUCGUACAAGGAGAAUGCCAUGCAGCUGUCCAGUAUUCACCACGACAGACCAAUGAGUCCUCGGGAUGAGGCAGUAUUCUGGAUCGAGUUCACCAUGAGAAACAAAGGGGCCAAGCACCUGAGGGUCCAGGCCCACGAGCUCACCUGGUACGAGUAUCACAGCCUGGAUGUUGUGGCCUUCCUCCUCGCAAUCGUUCUGUUCCUCAUACUCCUCUUCAUCAAGACCUGCAGUUUCUGCUUCCGGAGGUGCUGUGGAAGAAAGGGAAAGACAAAGAAAAAGGCAGAGUAACUGACUGAAUUGAAAUGUAGUCGGUAAAGAACUGAUGGGUGUUGGUCUGGAUUGUGUGACAAUUACUGGCUUGAGACGAGCAAUCCAGUAUUGCUGUGAAACUCCUGUUUUGUUUGAGCAGUCAUGUGCAUGAUAAAGGGGAGCAACUAUUUUGUUGUGGUAUUUGUUUCACUUGUUUUGUCACCAUAACGUCAGGUUCAGUAAGCCCAGCCUGAAAACUGAGGUAAAAACCUCUACAUAGACAAAUACAAUGUAUUUCAUCAAUGUGGACAUCAUUGUUUGCUCCUUCAUGUAUCACCAGUAAUUAAUUUAAUUGCUGACAGGUGUGUGCUAUUUUGCAUAACUGCACCUGAGGCCAAUUUCCCAUUAAAAGCUGAAUGUUCAUUGGCUGGUGGAAUGUGAGGGGGAGAAAAAAAACACAAAAAAAAACACACACACACACAAAGAGGGGAUUUCAUUAUGUGCCUUUACUUGGAUAAUACCCCACCCCUUCAUGUUUUCUCAGCACACAACAGUGCGAUCACAAAUAUUUACAGGCAUAGACACAUGGGCUGCAAAUAAAAAUUUAACAUGCAGAAAAUAUUAACAUAAAUCAAGUGAUGUAAUUAAACUAAAAAAAUAAACAGCCCUCCCAUGUCAUCAGAACAGAGCUUCAUACAAAUAAAUGUGACAUUCAAAUUUG